UUCCCGCGAUGAGUUCCCGAUGCGCGUUGGCUUUGUUGUUCGCGACGUGCAUGUGUUUGGGGGUCGACGCGAUCGGUUUGACUGAAGUUUUGGAUAUAAUAAAAAUAGCUAAAGACGUAGGGAUCGCGCUCGCGAAGGCCUGGGAUAUCGUCGAUCAGCAUGUCGACUUUUCCGAAGUUCCCAUUCCGAUUUUUGACCGGACCGAGACGAAACUGUUCGGCAGAAUCGGCAAGAUCAACCGGAAAUUGGACGAGUUGGCCUUCAAAGUAGACAACAGCGGCUCCCAUUCCCUGAACACGCUGAUGCACAACUUACCCGAGCGGGUUCGGUUGGAGCUCCGGCUCAACGACCUCCUGGACUACCUGACCCGGGUCGACACGAAUUUCAAACGGAUGGAGAACUACGCUCAGCACCAGAAGGAUUUCGAAAAAAUAACGUUGGAGGAUUUCGCGAAAUCGGUGGUCUCGCACGACGCGAGCUCGAUCGUUAACCUCGUCGAGAGGAUUCACGCUUUCGUGGUACCGAACGCGAGAGACAUCACCAACACCGGCAUCAUGGAGCUCAUCGCCAGAGCGACGGAGUUCUCCCGCAAUGAACCGAACGUAGGAUAUCGCACCCGGAAGUCGAAAGCGAACAUGUCGCCGAUAAUCAUCUGCUUCGUAAUUUUCGUUCGAACCGCUGUUAACGGCCGCGAGCCUCAAAAACUCCUCCCCGUGGAUCACCUGCGCCACGAGUUCCUCAAACUUGAAGAGGAACUUUGGAAUUUCGUGGUUGAUGCGGGAGAUGGGACGAGUAGCUCGAAAGAGUCGAAAGAACCGCCCGAACUGGUCCUCAUUAGGAGAUACGAAAUUUUUGGAGAUUAUAUCAAAAAGUUUUACGAUCGCGAUUUGACGUACGGCCUCGAGAGUCUCGACUCGGUAUGGGCGGUGCAGACUGCUUACGCCGACUUGCGCGCCAUCUACGCCCUAUACGAGGCCUUCAGAAGGUUCCAAAGGCAACAGACUGACGUCGGGAGGAUCCCGUCGCCUAAACAGGCCUGGAUCGAUAUUGCCGACGCGGUUCUCAACGAUCCCACGAACAACGUCGAAGAUGCCACGAGCAGGAUCGAGGAAAUAACGACCAACGACCUCUUACGGGCGGCGGCGAAGGAGAUCGAAGGCGACAUGAUAUGCACGGCAAAGCAGAGCCCCCAGCAGGUCCUUCGAGGUCUUUACGACGCCAUCGCGCUGACCGAGCUCAAGGGCUACGCCAUGGUCCAAUUUUCCUACAUGCUGUUGAGACUCUACGGCAACGGAAAUUUCACCAAGGAGGCCCAAAUCAGUAGGGAUAGAUACGAGCGGAGAACCAACGACGCCAUGGAGAGGGUCAGGGACGCCAUGAAGAACGUAUCUCGCGUGUUGUGGAACUGCGACCCCAAGAAGCACGUCAAAGGAGAGACUUACGAGGAGAUCACGAACCUGAUCCAGGGCUACGUCCAGAACGAGGUCGACCUCAACCCGGACGCUACCUGUAGGGAUAACUGCGCCGAAUACUCUUACACCAAAAGCCACGGUUGCUAUCAGAACUUGUUCUGUCGGCAACAGCGCUCGUGCAACGGAAAAAUCGUCAACUGCCGAUUCUACGAUUCCGACAUGUGGAUCUGUAACUCCAAUCCGGCCACCGGGAGGCGCUACGAGUACAUAGAAUACGAGAACGGGAGGGUGCUGGGUCGCAAGCAGGGUUGCGCGAGAGGCACGACCAAAGUGGACAGUUGGUGGCGCUGGCUGUUCUGGCACUGUUCGUACUGUUUCUGUUUCUGCGACGAACAGGGACCCAUGUCCGAUCGGUACUUCAACAUGAGACCCGUUUUCGCCGACAUCGAAAACAACAGGGUAGUAACUGGCCUGCGUUUCGUCAAGCACAAUCGCAUCGUCCACCUUCAGAUACAGGAGGCCGAACUGUUGCCCAGACUCAACGUGAACGAGAGCACGGUCCAAUGGAAACCGCCUGAAGACUACAAGAUCAGCGAUCGGAAGAUCUUCAACGGUCAGGACUACCACACCCUCACGUGGGAGAAACGGGCUAUAGACCUGGACGACUUGGAAGUCGACGACGGAUACGUCUUCACCGGUGUCCGCUUCAAGCUGAUCGGCAGCCACCUCAACUUCGAGAUCUACAUGACCAAGUUCGACUUCGAUACCGGCAAGCUGCUCAAUCCGACGUCGUCGAGCGUCUGGAAGGAUAAUCCAAACACGGACGCCUCUGUUUCUAACCCCAGGACCAAGGUGAGGUUGCAAAACCCCGACGUGCCGACGAGAAUACCGACCUCCUCGAUACCGACGUCCAAGAGCGACCAGUACGUCGAGUUCACGCACACGGACGUAGACAGAGACGCCGCUCAGACCACGGUGCCCUUUUUGGACGCCCAAAAGGUCGAGUCGUUGCGACCGACGCCGUUGGCCGGCGCCGGAAUUUUUCACAAGGGUCGCCCCUUUUCGGGAGGUUUCGUCGCGCCCAAGAUCAUCACGUACGACGUGAGCAAGUUCUUGAAGGCCGCGUUUCCCUCCGAGCAGGUCAAAUGCGUCUUCUUGAAAGAAGCAUAUAGUUUGUUUACCCAAAAGAUAUCGAAAAAAACAUACGGCUUGUUAUCUCUAUCAAGGUCUUUAACCAGAAGAGUUUAUCGAGAUGUUGACCGCAACGGUCGACAGUCGCUCCAAAACCGUCGCGAAAUGAUGUCAUCUCGGCUGUUGAUGACUUUAACGGCCAUCGGAUCGCUGGUUAUCUGCCAUGGACACCUGUUGGUCGAUCAGUUGCGGCUGGAUUUUAUCGAUCUGGAAGAGAAAUUGUGGAAUUUUGUGCUCACCGAAGCCUCGAACAAAGACCCAUCGGGUUCCGAACUGCAUUUGGUUACGAAUUUUUACGGGUUCGAUCAAAAAUUAAAGCAGGUGCCCGAAAAUACGUUGAGAGACCUCGGCCCGAUAAAAAGCAUCGGCGCGUUCUUGCAUCUCUAUUCGGAGCUCACGCACUUGGACAGGCUGUACGGAAAAUUCCGACAGUAUCACGAAGAGCGUCUUAACGCGAACGACAUCGAGAGUUUCGAUAAAGCAAGCGUCAGAAGACGCAUCGAUACCGACGACAUAAUCAACGACAUACUGAACGAAAAUCACGGGGCGAACAAGACCGUGCAUAACAUAUACGAUCUGUCCUUCGGCCGGGAAAAUAUGGUCUUCGAAGUGUUCACCUUGUUGCUGAAAAAUUUUUCCUGCCAAAAUCCGAACCAAUCGCCUCAGCAAGUGUACUACAACCUCUACAACGUGAUCGCCCUGGCGGGACUCAAAAGUUACGCGAUGGUGCAGUUCGCGUACCUCACGAACAGAUUGGAAGAAAAAGGAAAUUACACGACUUUGUCGCUGUUGGCCAGAUCAAAUUUCGAGCGGCGGGUGAACGACACGAUGAGCGUGUUUCGCGGCGCGAUGGAAAUAGUGCCGACGGAAAUUUGGAGAUGCGACCCGCCCUACCACAUCAAGGGCACGACUUACGAGGAAAUAACGAGACUCCUGCAGGGCCAUAUCCAGAACGAAGUGGACAUGAACUCUGGCGGCACGUGUACGGCCAACUGCGCAGCGUACCCGUACACAGAGAGUCACGGCUGCUACGAUUACGAGAGCGAGUACUGCCGCAAAAUGGAACGUUGCCGGGGCACGCUUCACGGUUGCCGUUUCAUAGAAUCGCACAUGAAGAUCUGCAUAUCCGAGACCCAUUUGAGGAGAUACGACUAUGUGGAAUACAAAAGCGGAAGGACGCUGGGCAAGAAAAAUCAAUGCGGGACGAGGCCCGUUUACAGCUGGUACCGGUGGUUUGUGCACUGUUCGUACUGCAUGUGCUUGUGCGACGAACAAGGACCCAAGUCCGACCGAUACGUCAACAUGCGACCCGUUAUGGCCGACGUAAAAAAUAAUAGAGUGGUAACAGGACUGAGAAUUGUAAAACGCAAUAGGAUACUCCAUUUGCAAAUACAAGAAGGGAAACUUUUGCCUUACGGGUACAUCGAUAACGAGACGGUGCGAUGGGUUCCCGUGGACGAAUACAAACUAACCGAUAGAGGCGUACUGAGCGGAAUCGACUUUGCCACUUUGACCCACGAAGACCGAUCUUUGGCUCUGGACGAAGUGAAAGUUCGCAACUCCGACCACGUCGUAACCGGCGUCCGAUUCGAACGACUGAACGGCAAGCUACGUUUCCAAAUCAACGUCAGCCCUUUCGAUUUCAACAACGGGUCCCUUUUGGGCAACGACUAUUUUAUAUACGACUCCAGUUCCGACGGAAGGACGCGGGUGGACCUCGAAAACGUCGACGUGCCGACCCUGACCUCGAACCCGUCCCCGGACAGAAGCGGUCGAGACCUUUACGUCGAAUUUACGCACACGGAUUUCUCGAAAGACGCCGCCCAAACGACGGUGCCCUUUUUCGAUAUUCAGCCGGUGUUCGGCGUCCCUGCGGUACCGUUGAGCGGUGCCGGCAUCUUUUACAAAGGGUACAAGGGAUACGGGGGCUUCGUGGCCCCGAAAAUCUUGACGUACGAUUAUUCGGACCGCAUCCUGACCAGUUUUCGGGACGUCGGUACCAGGGACGAAGUACCGAGCGUGGUACCCCCGGUUAAUUAAAAUUUCCCACCGAAGAAAAGCCUGCUGGAAAGAAGCUGUUGCGGGGCAAAGGACAAAGUACAAAACGCUAUCCUGAGGUGGAAUCUCCAAUUUAUAUUUGUAACCAUUUUUUUAAGUAAUGAAAUAAACGUACUUACACUAUUAAAUUACUUUUGAUUUUUAAUAAAUAUACUACAAACGCCGACUUUAGGGGGAACUAACGAUAUUACGAAUGUACAUGACGGAAUCGCACUAGUCGUCGAUAUAUUAAACGCCAUUACUGUUACUUUUAAAUACGAUCGAGUGUAAAACGACGAAAUUUUAAUGAGGUAAGCUGAAAACUACGCCUUCUCGCUAGGAAAGCCCGAAAAAACGCGAGCGUAAAAUAAUACGAGAUUAAAAAUUGCGCCAUUUGUAAGUAUAGGUAUAUGGAGCUUAGCCGUUUUUUUUUUCUCUUAAUCGACCUUACAAUGGAUAAUUUCAUUUUCAGAGAAUAAAAACCUUAUUUUUCGCAAUAUUUUGAGCGGCCCGACAAACCUAACACAAUGAAAAUCUCAAAAUCGUAACGUUCUCGUCGGUUAGAUCAUUGUACUUUUCAUUUUCACCCCGUAGUGUAGGACCAAUUGAAAUCUAACGAAUUGAUUCUGUGUCAAAAUUAUUUUUCGGAAAAAAUAGCAAAAAAAGCGUUCAUCAAGACCGGAAGCGUUCUGCGGAUUUGGGCUGAUAUACAGGGCGUCCGGAAAUAACGUCCCAAUAAUUGGAUUUUUUUUUAUAUUCCAAAUCAGGCAACAAUUUCUAUACGUUCUGGUUUUUAUUAAUUAAUUACUAUAUUAAUAUAUAUGUAUUAUAUUAUUAAUCGUUAAUAAAUGUGAUUGACAAAAUAUUAACUUAUCUAUCUCUAAAAAUUGUUUUUGGAAAACGAAGCAAAAUACAAAAAAAAUCAAGAGAUGAAAAAGUUGUACUUUUGGUUGCUUAAUUUGAAAUAAUAUAAACAUUGGUAAAAAAAGUCAGAGACGCGCUUUUUUUCGACAAAAGCAUUCGAUGCGUUUCGUAAUUUAAAUUUAAUCAAUCCUAAACGAGCCCCUUGUCACGACAAGCAACCCCAUCAAAUUUCAACAAAAUCUUUAGUGGGUUAUUCAAGAUAUUUUUUUAUUGCCCAUUUUAAAAAAAGAUAUAUAGAAACCAAAUGCAAUAAAUUAGUUUUUGUUUUCUUGAAAACAAAGAAAGGUACGAAAAAAAGGUCAGUAAACGAAAAAGGUGUGCUUUUAGUUGCUUAAUUUGAAACAACAUUAAAAUCGGUAAAAAAAUCAGCGGCACACAUUAAAAAAAAAAGAUAUUUUAUACCAUUCAUGCGAAAAAUUAAAAAAUUAAAUUGUUCGAAAGUUAUUUCCGUACACCAUGUAUUUUUUCAAACCGUUUUUUCAAACCCUGACGGAAAUAUAAGCAAAAAAUGUUUUAUAGUUCUAAUUUAAAGCGACCAUAAUAAAAAAUCAGCCAGGAAAUUUUCCCCCAACCUCAAUUUCGUCGGCACCAUUGUGAUUAUAACCAAUAAAAAAAAGACUUUAAGAAGGAAGUAGUUAAGCUAUGCUGUUUUCCGGGCGCGUCGCAUCAUAUAAAAAAAAGUUGCCAACACAAUUUUUUCCUGAUCACGAUGGGUUAAAUACUGUCGGGCGCUUAAAUAGUUCGCAAAAUAUACAAUAGUACCUCUGGUGCGACUUAAAAAGGGUAGCAAACUUUACCGCAAAAAAAAUAAACCCUCUUUCAAUGGCAUAUACGCUUAGCGACGGCCGCGACGUUUGUCUAUAUAUAUAACACAUUUAUUAUGUACACAAAGUCGAAAGAAGAUGACCACGGCGGCGGUUCCGAAUUGGAGGCGGUCUCUUCUUAUCACAGUCAAAAACAAAACA